GCUACCUUGCCCUCUAUUAUAAAUACGUUCUUUAUCACGGAAGUAUGGAAUCCGAGGACGUAGACCUUGAUCUAAAUGGCAUAUUUCCCGAACCGGAUCGACCGCCAACGCCUGAAACGACUGUCUGUACUUACGUCCGCGCUGUCGAGAGGUUAAAGGAGGAGAAGGAGGGAGAGGGUUGGAAGGAGGUUGAGGUGAGACUUGUUGGGACGCAUACUUUGUGGGGACAUUAUUUAUGGAACGCUGCGCGUGCGUUCGCGACGUACCUCGACCGAGAGGAAAACGUUGAGUUGUAUAAGGGGAAGAACGUCCUUGAGCUUGGAGCUGGAGCUGGGCUGCCGGGGUUGGUUAUGGCGAUUAAUGGUGCUAGACGGACUGUAUUGACGGACUAUCCGGAUGAGGCGCUCUUGGAUAACCUCACGCACAACGUCGCACGAAACAUCUCUGCUUCAAAGAGGAAGAGGGUUGGUGCUGAAGUGUUUGUUGAAGGAUACAUUUGGGGGAGGCCCGUGGAUCGAUUAUUGGAACUCGUCGCCCCGGAGAAAUACGAUCUUGUGAUAUUAUCGGACUUGGUGUUUAAUCAUUCUCAGCACGACGCAUUAUUGAAAACAUGCGAGCUCACUCUUCGAACGGAUACCGAUACAAGGCAACCUGGUAUUGCCGUUCCAACUGUUCUCGUAUUCUACACACACCAUCGCCCUCACCUUGCAUCUCGGGACUUAGAGUUCUUCUCGAAGGCUCGAGAACGAGGUUGGGUGUGCAAGGAAGUGGUCACGGAGCGAUAUCCGCCAAUGUUCCCGGAUGACCCUGGCGACGAAGAUGUACGAGCUACUGUUCAUGGAUGGUCUCUGACGCGGCGGUAGAUACGCUCCUUCAGUUUGGCCAUUCUGAUGAAUCGAGCGCUCCCCAAUAGCUGUGUGUGUGAGUUAACUGGAUAUUAUGUAGCUUUCGAAUGUUCACAUAUGAUCUGUACACUCGGGCUCUUAUCAAUAUUCCUUUGUUUGGUACCUUGCUCCGCUUUUCCCUGGGAUUGACAAUGCAGGGUGGUACGGAGUCUUGACUCGA